AUGUUAAUUCCUACAUUUCUCAGAAUUGCUAUCUCCUUGGCUCUGUUUCGGCCCCUCCUAGCUCAAUCUAUCCCAAGUCUCUCUAGACGAGCACUGACAGAGCUCGAAGAAGGAAACGCCCUUACCCCCACUAGGAGACAUCGUCGUAGUGUAGAUGCGAGUCAUCGGAUUUCCCGAAGGACCCCACUCUUGAAUGGCGCUCUCGGAAACCUCCUCAAUGAUAUUCUCAACACCUUUGGGCAAGGCGUGCCUAACGGCUGCAGUGGGAAAGAAAUGAAAUAUACCGAAGGUCAAGGCUCAUUCGAUAAAGAUUCAAUUGCUCAACGCUUCGACAUAUACCAUAAUGCUUGGGGCUCCCAGGCCGCGACCCCUGAUAGUUUUCAAACCACCAAAUGUCAUCGAUAUGAUCACAUCUUGGGAAUUACCGUCUGGAGCACAGCCUACGAUUGGAAACCUGUGGAUGAUUCCAAGAAAAAUCAAGUAAAGUCUUAUUGCAAUGCUGGGUGGGCAGGUACUCCCGUGCAGAUUAGUGCGUUAAAAAAGUUUGAGACCACAUGGAAAUGGUCGUACGAAGAUGCCAGUCAGGAUCUAGUCUCCGAUGUGUCAUAUGAUAUCUUCACAUCUAAAAGCAAAGACUGCUCGGGUCAAGCUGGAGGUUGUGCAACUCAUGAAGUGAUGAUCUGGCUCUCAGCUCGCGGUGGUGCUUUGCCCGCGGGUUCGAAGGUUGAUGACAAAACUAUCACAGUAGAGGGCGGUUAUACCUUUAGCGUCUAUAAGGGUGAGGUCGGUGGAAUACCGGUGAUCUCCCUCGUACCUUCACCUGCCGACAAGGAAUACACAAAUUUUUCGGCGAAUUUAAUUCCCUUGAUGGGUGACCUUGCUGCAUAUGGACUCGAGGCAGAUGAGUAUAUAUCGACAAUUGGCGCUGGUACAGAACCUUUCAUGGGAAAAGCAAAGCUUGUGACGGAGCAAUACAGCCUGCUGAUAAAUUGA